AUGGAUUCAUUCACCCAAAGCUUCAUCAGGUUUUUGAAAGGUCUUCAGCUAGAUUUACCAAUACGACAGAAUGCCAUACAAUUAAGUGAUUUGGGGUUUCUUAAGUUGUUGUUUGUCAAAGUUUUGCAUAAUAAAAAGGUCAAUGAUCAAGACUUCGCGUCAUGGGAAUCUUUUGAUAGAUAUAUCAGAUCAUUAGAUAUUUCUGGUGUAGGGUCUUUAUUAAAUGAAUUCGAAUAUCCGCUUAUCGAACACCUCAAGUAUCCUUUUACAGAACCUGGUUUGUUACAAUUGGAAAUUUUAUGUCACAUACUUUUGAAAUGGAUACACAAACAAGGCCAUACAUUUCCUCCAAAUUUCCCCAAAGCAGACGCUUAUAGAUUGAAUGAUGCAUUAAAACACGUUCCUUAUGGGGAGUACACUAUUCUAAAGUGGCGGAUGAACCAAAGUUCAAGAAAGAACGAAGAUUUGACAAAAACAGUCAAAGAUAUUGAAACUAAGUUGCAAGCAUGUAUCAAUGCAAAACGUUCGUUGGAGAAGAGGCUCAAAGAAACGUCUGAUAUCAAUUCAGAACUCGAAAGGGAGAAAAUGGACCUAGAAAUAUUGUGUGAUAAUAAGUUAAAGGAAUUGACCAAAUUAAAUAAAAAGUAUUUGAAAGUAGUCAAAGACUACGAGCAAGUACAAAGAGAAAAUGAAGACCUAAAAUCACAGAAAAUAGACACUAAGAACUCAGUAUCUCCAAUAUUUGAAGUUCCUAUAGUGGUGAAUACACCAGAAACUCCUCUACAAAUAGAAUCGAAAACCUUCUCACAAACCAGUCCAGAAACUGCUACGUUGGAAGAAGAGAUCAAAUUUUUGAAACAAGAAUGUAAUCUCUUAAGCCGCUGGAUACAUGAGCAUUUUAAUGAUAACAAAACUAGGUAG